GUGUAGGGUGCGGCUUUUGGGGUAAGAACGUAUUGCCUCUUGAAUUGGGCGUCUCCAAAAUGGACUCAUUUGCUGGACUAUCAAUUGAGGCGCGCAGAUUGGUAGUUGGUAUUGAUUUUGGCACUACUUACUCUGGUCUGGCAUGGGCUGACACCAGACGAUCGGACCAUCAAUCAAUUGUCGAGUCAUGGCCGGUCAAUAGAGGAACCCAUGAGGGGUUUAGCUGUGUCAAAGUACCUACGGAAAUUCGUUAUUUGCCAGAGGGAGUCGAAUGGGGAUUCCAAAUCCCCCCGACCGUUGCAAGGCACAAGUGGUUUAAGCUGGGUCUAGAGAAGGGAACAAUAAGCAGCGCGGAUGGACAUUUGGAAACCCCAGAAGAUUUGAGCACGGACUACCUGACCGCACUGGUAGGGCAUCUGAUGUAUACGCUAGAGCAAAACCUUGGAGCAGCAAUUCUUCGAACCAUCCCUGUGGAGUUUUGCCUCACUGUGCCAGCCAUCUGGUCGGAAGUUGCCAAGGAAAAGACUUUGCAAGCUUGCCAGAAGGCUUGUUUGACAUCCGAGAAGGAGAUAUUGUUUGUUUCAGAACCUGAAGCCGCUGCUAUUUAUACCCUCCAUGGGCUUGACCCUCAUGGUCUCAACAUUGGGGACACUUUCGUCCUCUGCGAUGCUGGCGGUGGAACAGUCGACCUGAUAUCUUACACAAUUACCGAGCUCCAUCCUAUACUUAAAGUGAGAGAAGCGGCAUCGGGGACAGGUGAGAGAUGCGGUUCAACAUUCCUUAAUCGCCGUUUCUGCGAAUUCUUGACGUCGAAAUUGGGAGACCAACCUGGCUGGGACUCUGAGAUUCUUGCGGAGGCCAUGGAAAAAUUUGAAUCUGUGAUCAAGAAACACUACUCGCCGUCUACUUCCAACAAAGAGGGUUACAGUAUCCUGGUCCCUGGUAUUUCCAAUAAUGAUACUCUUGGUAUCAGGCGGGGCAGGUAUAUAAUGAAGCCUGCUGAGAUGGAUGGUAUCUUCGAACCGGUUGUGGGAAAGAUAAUCAAGCUGGUCGAGGCGCAAAUCCUGUCCACUAGUCAGAAAAUCACCGCGGUACUUCUUGUUGGAGGAUUUGGACAGAAUAAUUACUUGAAAGAACGGCUCCGCGCUUCCUUGGGCAGUGGCACCCUCGUUUUGCAACCGCCCAAUGCUUGGACGGCCGUGGUACGUGGUGCUGUAAUGUUGGGUUUAGCUCGGGCCAAUUCGAAGUUGGCUGCUGUGGGUUUAGUUUCCAGGGCAGCGAGGAAACACUACGGCAUGGAUGUAGGCGCUGACUUUGAAGAGGGCGUCCACGAUGAUGCCAGAAAGCGUUGGUCCGAAAGACGCAAGAAGUACAAAACAAACGCACUGAAGUGGUUCAUCAGGAAGAAUGACCCCAUAACAGAAGGCCAGCCCUCCGUGAUCCAUUGUCAUCAAGAUUUCUUGGUAAGCAAAGGAACCCCAACAACGAUUGAGAUAAGCAUUCUUUGUGACGAGCAAACCGUUGCCGCACCCAUCUAUAGGACCAGCAACGUGCGAACGCUUGUGACUCUAGAAGCAGACCUGAAGCAAUUGCCAAAGUCGGAUUUGAAAAAUACUAUAGUAACCAGAGAAGAUGGAAAUCAGUACUACAAUAUCGAAUGUGCUAUCGAGGCCACAUUUUAUAGCGCAUCUACGAAGUACGUGCUUCUUUGUCAAGGAAAAAGGUAUGACACGGUAACGGCUGAGUAUGCUUGACUCAGGGGCAACGAGAAUAACCGCUACAAGAGUCAGAUUCAAUGACUGGAGGUCGGAGGUGAAUAACAUCUGUG